AUGUACAAACCUGGAAUGUACAAAUCUGGAAUGCACAAAUCUGGAAUGUACAAAUCAAGAACUCCAAAUUUAAAAACCUGGAAUGUACAAACAUGGAAUGUACAAAUCUGGAAUGCACAAAUCUGGAAUGUACAAAUCAGGAACUCCAAAUUUAAAAACUUGGAAUGUACAAAUCUGGAAUGCACAAAUCUGGAAUUUACUAAUCAGAACUCCAUAUUUAAAAACCUGAAAUGUACAAAUCUGGAAUGUACAAAUCAGGAAAUCCAAAUUUAA